CGUCGCCAAAUUUUCAACCGGCAAGCCUAGUCUCUCCCACCUGCCAUUCCAUCCAUGCAGAAACAUUUGUCACUUGGUGGCAUUUGUUUUAAUAUUAAUCAGUCUUCAGUCUGUCCACUGCCCCAAUUGUUUUGCCUUCAUCACCAUCGUGACAUUCAACAUGGCUUCAAAACAGAUCAAGCAAGAUUUGAACCGGUCAGGCUGGGAAACUACAGACUUCCCAUCCGUCUGCGAGAAUUGCCUGCCUGACAAUCCAUAUGUACAAAUGGUAAAAGAAGAUUACGGCGCCGAGUGCAAGAUUUGUACACGACCUUUUACUGUUUUCCGAUGGAAAGCCGAUCGAACGGCCAGAACGAAGCGAACAAAUAUAUGUCUCACUUGCGCCCGGCUUAAAAAUUGUUGUCAGUGCUGCAUGCUCGAUCUCUCCUUUGGGCUACCUCUCCAAGUUCGAGAUGCAGCCCUCAAACUCGUGGCUCCGGGACCCUCCUCCGGCAUCAAUCGAGAAUAUUAUGCGCAAGAACAUGAAAAAGAACUGGAAGAGGGUCGCGGCGCAGUUGAGGUUUACGAUAAGACAGAUGAGAAGGCUAGAGAUCUACUGAGAAGACUAGCAAAAAGCGAGCCAUAUUACAAGAAGCAGCGACGACUGGAAGCCGAAGGAUCGUCAGAAAACCCACCCGAUCAGAAGAAGAGCGGAUAUGGUCCAGUAAGGACAUCUGAUUCGAGGAAAGCCGGAAAUACACAACGCGGACCUCGCGCAGGCGCCGGCCGAGGUGUUGCAGGCACAGCACGGCCUCCACAGCCAGAGGAUUAUUUGCCGCCUGCAGAUCCUAAUAUCACCUCCUUGUUUGUUACCGGAGUGGAAGACGACUUGCCAGAGCACGCCAUUCGAACCUUUUUCACACCCUUCGGUCAAAUCAGAUCGAUUGUCUGCUCUCACAGAGCUCAUUGUGCCUUCAUCAACUAUGCGACAAGGGAUGGUGCUGAAGCUGCUGCUGCAAAGUGUCAAGGGAAAGCUGUAAUUCAAGGAUGUCCACUGCGUGUCCGAUGGGGCAAGCCCAAGCCGCUCGACAAUGCCGACCGGGAGCAGAGGAUGGAGUGGGCAAGGGAGGGGCGCCAAACUGGAAGCACUUCCAAUCCUCAGUCGAGUAGUCGAGGGAUUUCCGGUAGGGAAGGUGCCCCAGCUCUCGAGGGCCCUUCAGACGAAGAGACCGCAAGCUUCACUGUCACAGCUCCACCUGGACAGGAAGAGGUAUCCUAUGCGAGUAUGGCGGGUGAUUGAUCGCAUUGAUCCAAGCCGAGGCGCUGUUUUAUAUCUCGAGCAUGGCGUUGGGGAACCGGAUAAGAUGGCAAACAAGCAUCAUAGCGUAUCAGAUUGUCAAACAAAACUUCUUUCAUAGGCCUCCCACUUUCACUUUGCC